UUUGAUGUCCUUUCUAAUUACUCACCAUGAAGUACAAGACACAUUGUGGCAAAGGUCAAGCUAAAGACACUCAGAGCAUGAGAAGUACUGUUACUAGCACAGAAACAAAGCAGAAUGAAGAAACAGGAGCAGACAGCAUAGAUCUUUACUUCCAGACAAAAAAAAAAAAUCCUGUACAGGCAUGGAAGUAUGUACUGAGAGCUGCCUGAGGGAAUAAAGAUGAAAAAAAUGAGGACAAAGCUGUUGGUACUGUCUUACUGGAGAAAAAAAAAGAGACGUGAUACCACCUCCAGGAAUAAUGCCUGAAGCACUGGCACACUCAUACAUGUCUGAUGAAUACUAAAGCCCAGAAAGAUUGAGCCUGUAAAGAAAUAAGAGCCAGAAGUAGAAGGAGAAUUAGAUCCAUUAGAAAAGACACUCCAAUAGGCUAAGGGAAUUUAGAAGGCAAACCAGAGACAGACCUAAGAAGGUGAUGCACAGUAUUAACAGAAUAUUAAUCAGAGGGAGUAAUGGCCAUUCUUUUGGAAUAUUCCAAAGAGCUUGUGCAACUGAGCUUGCCUUAACUCAGUGCUGCCUCUGCCCUGGGAUGGAAAGGCAGCAACAGGACCUGAACAUCCACAGUCAAAGAGCAGCCCCUGCAGUGUGGCUGGGGCUGAUCCAAACACUGCUCACACGCAGCAGAUGACACCAGGGGACACAAGAACUCAGAGUGUGCAGCUAUGUAUCAGCUAUGUAUGCAGCUAUGUUUGCAGCUUUUGCAUCAGGAGCCCACUGAACCUUCCUGGUGAUUGCAAACCCAGCUACAUGCAACCAUGAGAAAUACAAGUGAUCUUCCACGUAAUGAAAAUUUGCUAUCAUUUCUAACCUGUGUUUGUAUCAUUCCAAUGCCACACGAGGGUUUUUUCCACAUUUUCAGUUUAUUUUCUUAAGUAGCAAAUCAUACACAGUGACCUUUAAAGAAUGCUAUUAAAACUGUAAAGUCUAGCAUUCCAAAGAAGGAAAAAGUUACAGUCACCUCUGAUACAAAUUUCAGGAGGUUCAGGAGUUUGUAAGCAAACAGGAUGAUUUUAAAUUUUAUUCACAGAAAAGAUGUUAAUUACUUCCCAUGUCAAGAAUGUUUCUUGGUAAGCCAAAAGUCACCUUUUGGCCAUAUUUGACAUAAUUUUCACAUGGUACAAACACCAGGAUUUCUGUGUGGUUCAAAGAAGCAUCAUCAGGAUACAGCUGCUGACAUCAUUUCUGUGUGAAAAGGAUGUUACCAAAGGAUGAAUAUUUGUAAUAAGUGCAAAGAGCAAGGAAGUAAGCUUAACUAAAAGAAGUUCAGUCACAGGCUCAGACCUUCUGUCACAUGUUUCCUGGCCAAUUCCACAUGGGAGCAGAAAGGUAUUGAGGUGCUAUCUGAGGCAAGGCAUAUGAAAUCAACUCAUUACCAAACUGCAUGAAUGCAUGCUUGGAGAGAUCCUUUAGUAUUAUCCUUGUCUAUCCUUUAGAAUACUGACACAUCAUGACCACAUCUGAGAAUGAUCAAGAGACCUAAGUGGAAGCAUUUGAAGGGGCAAGAAAAAAGCUUAAGUUUGGCCCUAAAUUCAUUUAGCUUUCUGGAAGAAGAUAAACAGUGCAGCUUACAAGCAGGCACGAACAGACAUUGACAACCAUAGCACUUUUCAGUAAGUUCACAAGAGGCUCACACUGAAGGGUUCAGGCACAACAGGAGCUGGUGGCUAUGGUAUUCUGAAGGGAGUAAGUACCAUCUAAUAACAGGUGAUUGUUUUUGUCAAGGAAACCAGUGAUGCUUUAAAACAGCAAAUGUGAUGCUAUUGAAAUUCCAACAUCAAUACUUGGAAAUGUGCUCCUGUCUGAGAAAGUCAUUACUGGUGACAAGUACAUGGAGCAAGAUAUAACUUCCAUGGUUCAGGGCAGAUUCUGCAUCUUCACUAAUGGAAGGCAUCAGGCAAUUGAACAAAGUAGUGACAAGAUGAGAUAGUAGAAAUAAAAGAAUCAUACCAAGUGGUUCAAUACAUUGAAAUAAAAAUUUGAUGAUGCAUCAGCUCUGAGGGAUGAAUACACUACAGGCAAAGCUAUAGCAAGGCUUCAUGAAAAAAAAAAAAUCUACCUUUAGGUCCCACUCCCUCCCUUGCCAAAGCUGGUCCCUCUCCCGAGCCGUCCCCUCCGCCCUCCAAGGCAGCCCUGCGGCCACCAAGACCUGAUGACACCCUUGGCGCACAGCUCGCCAUGCCCUGCCCUCUUAGAGCCCAGGAUUUCACGGAAUUCUUGGAAGGCGGCUGAGAGGAAGGGCUGCUGUUACCCCGCAGGAGCCAACCGAGCCGAAGGCGGAUGCGCGGCCGGUGUUUUCCAGUCCCAGCUCACGACGGAGCCACGGCGCACUCGGGUGCCCAAGGCAACGCCAGACCGGCUGCCAUUACCGCCUCUGCCCAGCCAGCCCGGCAGGCUGGGAAAGCCGGCAGAGCUCAGUGCGUCACCAGAGACCCCGGCGCGCUCCCAGCAGCGGCCCCGCUCCCAAGGCACCGGGCCGGCGGCAGCGGGCAGGGCACAGCCCCGGGCCGGCGGCGCUCCCGCCCGCGGAACUUGCGCACAGGCCGCCGCCUCCCUUCCGGCAGCCGCGGCCGGGCCGCGCAGGAGGCGGGCUGAGAUGGCGGCUGCCGUGCCCGGCGCCUCCCGGGCCCGCGCCGCCGCCGCGCUGCUGCUGCUGGGCUGCUGCGGCGCGGCGCUGCCCGGCGGCCUCCAGGAUCAAGCAGAGCAGUUUUUUAGAAGUGGACAUACGAAUAACUGGGCAGUUUUGGUGUGUACAUCUCGAUUCUGGUUUAAUUAUCGUCAUGUGGCAAAUACUCUUUCCGUGUACAGAAGUGUCAAGAGGCUAGGCAUUCCUGAUAGUCACAUUGUCUUGAUGCUGGCAGAUGAUAUGGCAUGUAAUCCCAGAAAUCCCAAACCUGCUACUGUGUUUAGUCAUAAAAACAUGGAGCUGAAUGUCUAUGGAGAUGAUGUGGAAGUGGAUUACAGAAGCUAUGAGGUUACUGUGGAAAAUUUCUUGCGUGUUUUAACGGGAAGAAUCCCACCAAGCACACCACGAUCAAAACGUCUUCUUUCUGAUGACAGAAGCAAUAUUUUAAUUUAUAUGACAGGCCAUGGUGGAAAUGGUUUCCUAAAAUUUCAGGAUUCUGAAGAAAUCACAAAUGUAGAGCUUGCUGAUGCCUUUGAACAAAUGUGGCAGAAAAGAAGGUACAAUGAAUUGUUGUUUAUUAUUGAUACUUGUCAAGGAGCAUCCAUGUAUGAACGAUUUUAUUCACCCAAUAUAAUGGCCUUGGCUAGCAGCCAAGUUGGAGAAGAUUCUUUAUCACAUCAGCCUGACCUGGGGAUUGGCGUUCACCUCAUGGACAGAUACACCUUCUAUGUGUUAGAGUUCUUGGAAGAAAUCCAUCCAGCCAGUCAGACGAAUAUGAAUGACCUAUUCCAGGUCUGUCCAAAAAGCUUGUGUGUUUCCACGCCUGGGCACCGGACAGACCUGUUCCAGCGAGACCCUCAGAACGUUCUGAUCACGGAUUUCUUCGGCAGCGUCAGGAAGGUGGAGAUCACUGCGGAGAGGCUUUCCCUGGACAGGGAUGUGCCUGGCCUGGAAAGCAAGUUUCCAGAGGAGGAGUUGGCAACAGAGCCACUAAAAUAUGCUGAACAACUUCCUGUAGCUCAGAUAAUACACCAGAAACCAAAACAAAAGGACUGGCAUCCACCUGGAGGAUUUAUUUUAGGACUCUGGGCAUUGAUCAUCAUGGUUUUCUUCAAAACAUAUGGAAUCAAGCACAUGAAACAUGUCUUCUGAACUGGAGCAAAAAAGAUACUUGCACUGGCUGCUACUUUGGGUUCCUGGGUAUCUCCUGUGUUCCCUUCAUGUGGAUUAUGGUUGUGUUGAAACACUGUGUUGACAUCUUGCUUCUAAAGGUUCUUUUGAAGCCAUCUCUUCUGCCCCUUUUCCUGGAAACAUUCUAAAAAAUGGUUUUAAAGUGUUACUGUUAUUUCAUUUUGUCUUGAUUUAAACAUAUUUUAAUGCAUUUCUGAGCAUUUUUUCUUUUUGGUUAAACUUAAAAAAGGGCAGGAACUAAACCCAGUAAUGUUUUCUGUGGUUGCUUCUGGAUUGUAAAUGGGCAAAUUCUUUCCGCCAUACUUUGAAGUAAAUCUUGGAAGAAGUCACCUCUUACUAAAGAACUGGACAUGGUGGAGAACAUUAUUUAAGAUGUCAAUCUGUCAGUAAAAACUUUAGCAUGGCAUAUUGAAAGCUUUCUUCAUAAAAAUAAAAAUACUGUGGAAUAUAUUGAUUUCCUUUUUAUUAUUAGUUUUUGUUAAAUAAAACCAUUAGAUCAGACCUUUCACCUUAGACAGUUCUGAGUCUAGAAUUCUGUGAGUUGGUGAAAGUAAAACAAAAAUUACGACUUUGCUGAAUCUACUUAAAAAGAAGGCCAAAAAAUCAUGAAAAGACUUCAUGUCAAUUAGAAACCCUUCACAGAUGAUGUAUUUUCAUUGCAUAUAAUAUGGACUUGGAUGCUUUCAGAAUUGUCAGUGCACUGGAUUCUGCACUGAAGAAAAUCAGCUCUGGCAUCAGGAUGAAGAACAUUAUAAAUUGUACCAUUGUAUUCUGUAGUUUCUGAGCCCUUAGAAAAUGUGCUUUGUUGCCUGUGUUUUGUAAAUUCUGGUUUGACAUAUUGAUGUGUUCUUCCUGGACAUUUACUGAAUAAUGUGUGCUAGAAGAGUUUUUUUUUGUCUGUAUAAUAGUGAUAUUUAUGAAGAGAAGAGCAAAUCUGUGCAUGUGUAGAAACACAUCAGUCAGUGAGGAGAAGCUUUUGCCCCGUGCUUUUGGAACUUGUUCUCUCCUUAACCAAAAUAAAGCUUACCUGACACAAUCAUGGUGUAAGUACUA